GAGACAACAGAGUAUUGACGUUCAUAUUAGAUUGUUAAUCCAUAUGAGAUUCUUUUGUUUCUAGUAAUUAUAAAAUAUUUUCAUAAGAAAAGAUAUUAUAUUACUCUAUUUAAAGAUGGUAGCAGAGGAUAGAAGACCUAUACACCAAAACAAAGUAGACUAGAUACAGCAUCAUCAGUUCAUCAAACAAUGUCAAUGUCAAGAAUUGGUGAUUCCCAGAAGAGAGCAGUUGCACAUGUAGCUCUGUUUCCUAGUGCAGGAAUAGGCCAUUUGGUCCCAUUUCUGAGAUUGGCAGCCAUGCUUGCUUCUCCUAAUUGCCAAUGCAGAGUUACGUUGAUUGCUGUUCAGCCUCCAGUUUCUGCUGCAGAGUCCAACGAAUUGUCUACCUUCUUUGCUUCCCACCCUCAAAUCAAUCAGCUUGAUUUUCAUCUCCCAAUUCCCAGCAGUCCAUCCGAAUUUGCAGACGCUGAUAAACCUGAUCCUUUCUUUGCUCGAUUUCUAGCUAUUAGUAGCUCAGUUCAUCUCCUGCAUCCUCUCCUGGCUUCCUUAUCUACUCCGCCUCUAUCAGCCAUCUUCGCUGACUUUGCUGUUGCAGCCGAUAUCAAUCGUCUAGCUGAUGAAUUAUCUAUGCCCCUUUACAUUGUAUCCACCACUUCAGCUAGAUUUUUUUCACUUAUGGCUUGUCUUCCUGACUUGAUACUCGAAAGCAAAAGUUCGGAAGACUCUAGCAUUCAGCUUCCGGGUUUAGCUUCGGUGCCAAUUUCAAGCCUUCCUCCUCCCUUCUUUACUCCAGAUCAUAUUUUCACAGCCCACAUCCGUUUAAAUGCUCAAUUCCUCUCGAAAGCCAAGGGUAUUCUACUUAAUAGCUUUGAUUGGUUUGAGUCUGAAACAAUUGCUGCAGUAAAUACUGGCAAGGUGCUGGCUCAUUUACCUCCUUUUCUCCCCAUAGGACCAUACGAGCCUUGUAAGGCUGUCGUGAAAGCUGGCUCUUAUCUGCAGUGGCUAGAUGGCCAACCAAAUGAGUCUGUAGUCUAUGUUAGCUUUGGAAGCAGAACAGCAUUGUCAAAGGAACAAAUAAGAGAACUAGGAAAUGGACUGGAGAGAAGUGGAUGCAGAUUUCUUUGGGUAAUAAAGACUACCAAAGUUGACAAAGACGAGAGGGAAGAUCUGCAAGAUUUACUUGGCAGUUCAUUUCUUGAAAGAACAAAGAAGAAGGGGCUAGUUUGUAAAGCAUGGGUGGAGCAAGAGCAAGUUUUAGCGCAUCCAGCAAUCGGAGGAUUUGUAAGCCAUUGUGGGUGGAAUUCUGUAACUGAAGCAGCUCGUUAUGGGGUGCCUAUACUGGCUUGGCCUCUAAAUGGAGACCAAAAGUUGAACGCAGAAGUGACAGAGAAGGCAGGCCUUGGAGUAUGGAUGAGGCAUUGGGGUUGGCUGGGGGAGAACCUAGUGAAGGGAGAGGAGAUUGGGGAUCAAAUUGUCGAGUUGAUGCAGGAUAAAACAUUGAGGAUAAAGGCAAAGAAGGUGAAGGAAGAAGCUAGGAAGGCCUACGAAGUUGGUGGGAGUUCUAAGAAAGUGCUUCUGGAAAUCAUAGAAAAUCAUUGAGCUGAAGCCAGAAGAAUGAAACUUGAAAUGGGCAGAAUCCAGAUCACUGACCAUCAGAGAAGAGUUGGAGAGUCUGGAAGGUUCUUUAUCAAUCAUCCAAGCUGUCUCGCGGGAAAAUCUGAGGCUGCAGGACAAGGCAGAGAACAUCAAGGUAUAAUGCUGAUGAAAAUCUCCCAGCAUGAGGUAGAGAUCUUGAACCAAGAGAAACCAAAGGUAUGCUUCUUCUCCUCGCAUUCUAAGAAGAAAGCCUUUCUCUAUGAAAUGUUACCUAAAGCAAGAGAUAUUAAUAAUAAGCUGAAGAUGAUCGAUAAAGGAAAUGAACACUUGUGUAGAUCAAAAGCACAAGGGAACCAGCAACCAUCAGUUUAUAAUCAGCACAAGGGAAACACAGGAUUUAAGAAGCAGGGAAGUGACAGAGGAAUUAGAUACCAGGACCCAUAAUUUUGUUUCAUCCCUUCUUAUUUGGUCAUUGUGAAUUCUUUCAGCUUUUUGUAUUUUUUUUUUUCAUAUUCUACUCCUUUGCAUCUCCAAUCUCUCGCACAGAGGGUGAUCUUGGAAACUUGAAAAUCUACUAUAAUCCGCUAUCUUUUACCGUGAUGAGCAUAUAAUUUCCAGGCCAAAAAAAAAGAAAAAAAAAAGAGAUUAAGAGAUGCAUUCCAACCGUGUAAAAAUGUUGUGUUUUGAGUAUGUGAGCACUUGAAAUGCAUUAUUUUAAAUAUGAUUAGAUGAAAAAGGAUGUUAUCUGGAUGUAAGGAACUAUUUGUUCAAUUUUCCUUUUUAGGAUCUUCUAUCACUUCUGUUUCUACACGCCUUUGUGUGCCUUUUAUUCUCUUCAUGUUCAUGGAUUACUUUGUAUGAUAUAUUAUGAGUUACGAGUUCCCCUCUCAUGCAAUGAAAAUUAAUCACUUAUUAGGCUUUUAGGAUCCUGUUUAAUGUUAAUAAAAAUUUGAUGCUUCUAAGUCUAAAUAUUAGAUUGCUUUAGAACUUCUUUCAGACAAAUACUAAAUAUCUUGCUCUACCAGCUGACCAAUGAAUGCUGAUACAUCAACUUAAAAUGUACCAAAAGAUAGUCUUCUUCCAUUGGAAAAUAAACAAUAAUAGUAAAACAGUUGUAAUAAUCUAUUUCUACACUAAAAAAUUAGCCAACGUAAAAGAAAAAAA